AUGACGCCCGGUCACUUGGCCGAACAGUCCGACGCAAACGAUAAGGAGCGAUACAGGCGGUGUCCCAUAUACUCCGAGAACCCAUCCGUCGUGGAACGAGACCGAAAGCUGAUUAGGGGUUUGCUCGGACACAAAACAACUACAGCUUCAGGCUGGAAGCCCAAGGCCAUUCCCCUCGAGGAUCUGACUGAUGCCUUCUUCUACAAGUCGGCAACAGCGGACACAAUAUCCCUGGUUAUCCCCGUCAGUGGAAUUCACAUCUCCAGGUCGACCAGAACCGCCGCCUUUCUCUAUCGCCGAAGCCCCUUCCCCGUCGUCUCCUCGCUAAGCGGCCGCAGUGGGCCUCAUGAAGAGGAGUUCCUUGAACCCGGCGAUAGCUUUGAAAGAUUGAAUCCCCGGUUCUGGAUGCCCCAGACCAUCCGAUUCGCAAGCGAAUUCGGCUUCGCGUUUGAGAGCCACGACAACGAUGCGCCCGCUACACCGGGGAGCUACUACGCCGGUCAUGACGAGGCCAUGUUCAUAUGCUUCUUGGUCCAAUGGAAUUAUCUUUUCCGGGACUGUAACCGGUAUGUUGUGCAUAUCGUCAAGAAGACAGUGUGGGCUCGAGUCCUGACCGGCGCCACAAAAGCCGCGAAGCCUGCCAACUGGAAGCACCCUGGCAAUGCGGUCAAGCGACUCAUUCCGCAUGCAGCCAAUGUUGGCAAGGACAGCCCGGGGUUCAACCUAAGCUACUACAGAAAGACAUUCUUCAUCCUGGACAAGCAGACACAGUUCGAUCUCUACAUGGCGGGCCUAGCUCCUAAGAUGACCAAGCGAGAAGUUGACAAACUGCGAUCCUCCGGUUUUGGAAUCAGUCGGCAGUACAAGCGGGAGACCGUCAUGUACGACGUCCAUAUCUCACCAAGCGGAUACGAAGCUCCCCUAAAGGACAUCGUGGCCGAGGCCAAGGCUGCAAAGCUCAGAGCGGCUGCAGCAGCAAAGAAGCAAGCUGCCAACCCAGACGCCCUGCCCGCUCAUCCCACCCCAGCAAAGUACACCAAACUCCAAGCCCAAACAAAGCCAACCAAACCACAACAGCAGGAAGCACAAGCCUAA